CUCAGGAUGCCAGAACCAGCAAAGUCCACCUCUGCCCCCAAAAAGGGCUCCAAGAAAGCCGUGACAAAGACCCAGAAGAAGGGCGAUAAGAAGCGGCACAAGAGCAGGAAAGAGAGCUACUCCAUCUACGUCUACAAGGUGCUGAAGCAGGUCCACCCCGACACCGGCAUCUCCUCCAAGGCCAUGGGCAUCAUGAACUCCUUCGUCAAUGACAUCUUUGAGCGCAUUGCUGGAGAAGCCUCCCGCCUGGCACAUUACAACAAGCGCUCCACCAUCACCUCCCGGGAGAUUCAGACAGCCGUGCGCCUGCUGCUCCCUGGAGAGCUGGCCAAGCACGCUGUCUCAGAGGGCACCAAGGCCGUCACCAAGUACACGAGCUCCAAGUAG